UUCAUAUUCAUUUUGCCUAUUGCCUAGUAGAGAGAGGUGUGUCGUUUUUGGUUUCUCUGUUUACAACUCUACAGUGGUCGGCGAGGCAAAAAAAUAAAACAUCGUUACAUGUACCCCCUUUCCAAUUCCAAUUUCAAUCUCUCUCUCUCUCUCUCUCUCUCUCUCUCUCUCUCUCUUUGUUGUUUAAUCAGACGGCCAGCAUCUUCAAGUUUUAUGAGAACUAAGUAGAAGCUUGGUCGUCUAUGAAGUCAUUGAAGUCAUGGAAAUGGCUGUUUAAGAAACGGAAUGCCUUGUCUGAUGGGGGAAAAUGUGGGUUCAAGAUGAAGCAGCUGCCGUUUAUGGGAGUUGUGUGUACAGUUACGUUGUUCAUUGUGUAUAGAAUCACAAAUUAUCAGUAUCAGCAGACAGAGAUGGAAGGAAAAUUUAUUCCUUUUGACACCAUUAAGGAAUCUCAUUUGGGAUCCAGAAGUUUGGGUGGUUUGCCUCAUGGUAUAAUUCAAGCUAGGUCAGAUUUGGAGCUAAGGCCUCUAUGGUCAACAAGUAGUUCACGGUCAAAGGAUGUGUUAAUAAUGCAAAAGAAUCAGAUAAUUAUUUCUAGUGACAUGGUGGCCAUGGAAUUACAGGAAAAUGGUUAUAGAAGUCGUAGCUUGCUGGCAAUGCCAGUUGGUAUUAAGCAAAAGCGUAAUGUCAAUGCUAUUGUGCAGAAGUUUCUUCCAGAGAAUUUUACUAUUAUUCUAUUCCAUUAUGAUGGCAAAUUGGAUGGGUGGUGGGAUCUUGACUGGAAUAAUAAGGCGAUACACAUAGUUGCUCAGAAUCAAACAAAGUGGUGGUUUGCAAAGCGCUUUCUACAUCCAGAUGUUGUGUCAAUUUAUGAUUACAUAUUUCUUUGGGAUGAAGAUUUGGGGGUUGAUCAUUUUAACCCAGAAAGGUACCUGGAUAUUGUGAAAAGAGAAGGACUGGAGAUAUCUCAGCCAGCUUUGGACCCAAAUUCUACAGAUAUACAUCAUAGAAUUACCAUUCGUGCUAGGACAAAGAAGUUUCAUAGGAGAGUCUAUGACAGCAGAGGCAGUGUGAAAUGUUCAGAUGCCAGUGAGGGGCCACCAUGUACUGGAUUUGUUGAAGGCAUGGCUCCUGUGUUUUCAAGAUCUGCUUGGCAUUGCACGUGGCAUCUUAUACAGAAUGAUCUUGUCCAUGGAUGGGGAAUGGACAUGAAACUUGGGUAUUGUGCACAGGGGGACCGCACUAGGAAGGUGGGAGUUGUUGAUAGUGAAUACAUUGUUCAUAAGGGCAUACAAACUUUGGGUGGGAGUGGACUGCCUGCGAAAAAGCCCUCGAACCCUGAGGAGUUGACUAAGAGACAUGGUGCUACAGCUUUUGAUGUGCGAACAGAGAUUAGGAGGCAAUCAACGUGGGAGCUUCAAAUGUUUAAAGAGCGAUGGAAUCAAGCUGUUGAGGAGGAUAAGAACUGGGUGGAUCCAUUUAAACAAGAUAAAAAACGCCGCAGAAGAAAACGCCAACACCGAGUUUUUAAUUUCUAACCUUUACCAAGACGCUGGGAUAUCAUUAGUUUGGCUUAGUUCACACAUGCCACUCUCAUCUAUACAUUUAUACAUCGUAAUUUAGUUCGUCUAGCAUUUAUUGAAUUGUCAUAUUUGUUUCAUUAUUUAAGGAACCACAAUAUUUGCUCUUCCA